AACUCAAGUGGGAAACUUUGGUUUCUUUAUACAGUAGCGCACGCAGUCGGAAAAAGAGUAAUUUUUCCCGCCAUGGUAUCAAUGGAAGUGGAUUCAGAGAAGAAGCCUCUCCAGCGAAAACAAUGCCUUUACCAAUCUUUCGACGAGGGUUUUGGGAUUGAGAAGGAGGUGUACAGAGGUCAACAGUACAGCCAAAUAUAUUUUGCGAGGCUCCAUUUGAUGCGUACUCUCCUUUACUCUCUCAUUCCCAACUGGAAACCCCAUUUACCUGUCUGUACUGUUCUGAGAUUAGAGGAAGGCAAAGAAUGCAUUAUAGUUGGGACUCUCUACAAGCACAUGAAGCUUAAACCUUCUAUUCUUGAUGAGUACUCUAAGGAGCGAUCUGCUUCACCGCUUGUACAGCGUCAUAACUUUACGCAUCCAGAUGAUAGUUUAGUUCUGGAAGAUGAAAGCGGAAGAGUCAAACUAAGCGGUUCUUUGCUUUUGCCGUCUACAUAUGUAACAGGUAAUAUUAUUGCAUUGCAUGGAAAAGAAACUAGUGCUGGUGACUUUUUGGUUGAAGAUAUUCUAGAGGCUGGCCUACCACAGCAAAUAGAGCGACCAAUUCAAUUAGGUGAAGAUAAAUAUGUGGUUUUCAUAUCUGGUUUGACUGUUGGGAGAAGCUCUUCUAAUCCUCUCCAGUUUCAACUUUUUGUUGACCACAUUACUGGACAUUUAGGAGAUGAGAAGGAACAAAAUAUUGCAGCUCAAAUAGUUCAAGUUGUUAUUGCUGGAAACUCUGUUGAAGUUCCUCAUGGACUUCUCAAUGGACAGUUUCAUCUUCCCCCUUCUUGGAAGUGGUUUGCCUUUCACAAGUCCAUCUCCUUUGGACAAAAUUUGGGUUCAAAGGACCAGUCCAGAUUGUUUGAGCCGAUUAAAGAGCUUGAUAUUUUGUUAACUCAGAUUGCAGCAAGUAUACCUUUGGAUAUAAUGCCAGGGUCCAGAGAUCCAGCAAAUUUUGCCCUGCCACAGCAGCCUCUCCAUAGAAUCCUUUUCCCUGGAUCAUCAGCUUAUAACACUUUCAGAUCUUGCACGAAUCCACAUUGCUUUGAACUUGACAACAUCAGGUUCCUAGGUACAUCUGGUCAAAAUAUUGAUGAUCUUGGCAAGUAUUCGGAGGCAAACAACAAUAUUGAAUUUAUGGAGAGGACAUUGAAGUGGAGACAUCUAGCACCAACAGCACCAAACACCCUUGGGUGCUAUCCUUUCACUGAUAGGGAUCCUUUCUAUGUCGAAACAUGUCCUCAUGUUUAUUUUGUUGGCAAUCAGGAUAAAUAUGAAUCUCGCUUGAUAAAAGGAUCAGAAGGGCAGAUGGUAAGGCUUAUUUGCAUUCCUAGAUUUGCAGAUACUGGAGUCGCAGUGGUGUUGAAUAUCAGAAACCUUGAGUGCCAUUUGCUCAGCUUUGCCACUCAAAUCCACUUAUAAUAGCAAGGAUAUUGGUCAGCCAUGUACACGGAAGAUGUACAAUGGCAGGUGAAGAAAUUUGCAGCCGUCAAGACUCAAGAUACAAAAUCCCUUUUGCAGCUGCUGUUGCAAAAACAUGAGAUGCAGAUUAUAAGGAUUCGUACGUGCUCUUAGCUAGUUUCUGAAUAGGCAAAAGACAUACAUUUGACCUAGAUUUAUAGAACUCUUAUCCUGUAUCUUUACACAGAUUAACUUUUGGAAUUCUCUGUUAUUGUUCAGACACUGUGUUUCAAUUUGAGAAACAACUCUUUGCACC